UGGUUGGGCUCCCUGUCCCUCGGCCUGUCAUAUCUCAUAUCCCCGGUCAUCGUCUCGUGGUGUCGACGGAAGAGCGCCCGACUAACGGCCAUCGCCGGCGGUUUGAUGGCAUCCCUGGGCUGUCUGUUCGCCUCAUUCGCCUCCCAGUUUCAUCAGGUGUUCCUCAGUUACGCCAUAUUCAUGUCCAUAGGGGUGGGCAUCGCCCGCGAGUCGGCUAACCUAAUGGUGGGCCAGUAUUUCAAGCGGAGACGCUAUUUCGUCGAGAUCUUCGUUCAGAGCUCUUUAGGCGUCGGCAUCGCAUUCAUGACCCCUUUCCUCAGUUGGAGUAUUGGAAUAUUCAAGCAUUGGCGGGCAGGCCUACAAUUGAUCACCUGCGCCCUAUUCGCCACCUUUUUAAUCGCGGUCCUGUACCGGCCGGCCUCCCUAUACCACCCCCAGCGGCGGGCUAUACUGCACCUGAAAACGCAACGCCGAAAAAUACGGGAGAAAAACCCCGUCAACAAUAAGCCGCCGUUUUUCGAAAUUUGGUGUUCAUUCCCUGAUAUAUACCAGCAAUUGAUUGGCAUUUAUGGUAUACUUAGGGGAGACUAA